UUAACAUAAAAAUAUGUAGAUAAGGCCUUGAUAAUUUGCAGAUUGAAGAAGUUUAAGAGUGAUAGAUUCAAAACAUUGAGUGCUAUCACUCCUAAUUUUCUUACAGAAACUAACACAGGGGAAGGCACAUCACAGCAGGUAGACUACUACUUUAUUUGUGAAGGAUUUGAAGUAAAUUGAGCUACUGUGAAAGGAAUCCUGGACUGAGUGUCAGGAUGCAGGAUUAGAUUGACUUUGCGUUAUCUAGGUGAUUCUUUGACCAUUCUGACCCUCAGUUUCCUCAUCUGUAAAAUGGGGAAGGGGCAUGCAGAUCUAGAUUCUAAAUUCUCUUGUGGCUUAACAUUCCAUAGACAUUUCUUUGGAAGUGAGAGGCAAAGGGGAGGAGCUUCUUAUUAGAAGCCUCCUUUUUGGGAAAUAAAUUUUAAUUUCUUGCUCAUUUUAAAUAGUUUAGUGAAUGUAUGAGGAACUGCUUAAGCAGUUUGGGGACUCUCUAGCAUUUGCCUUAAUAGAACACAGGCUCACUGCGUACAAGGCUGUGAAGUUGCUGCCCUGAGUGUCACAGUGUCUUCGUGUCUCCAGUACCCAGCGCUGUGCCUGGCUCAGAAUAGAAGUGCAAGUAUCUGUUGACUGAAUAAAUCAACUAGUAUUUCUGGAGCUUUUGUAAUGUGUCAUGUGUGGAAUACAGUGGAGGGAAAGGCCUGCUCCCUGCCCUCAAGGAGUUUCUAAUCUAUCUGUGAAGACAAGCUGUAAAUGCACCUACAUUUAAAUUGUUUUACAAGACAUAUGUUAUAAGACCAUAUAUGAUUACUUGCCAGGUGAAUGAUUCAGUCUAUAAUUGCUUAAGAGUUCAAACUGAGAGGCGAAUGGGGGGGGGGGGCUGCCAGGGGAGGAUUCACAAACGACUUUUCAGGCUCUGUUCUUGGAAGAACUGAGGUCCUGCUGGCAGAAAUAGUAAAUCCCAAGGGAAGCCUGGUUUUAAAGGAAGAACAAAGACUUUGUGUUGAGUUUAGACAUCCUAGGGAAGAGAACAGCUUUAGAACACCUAAGUUUCAAGCCUGGAGUUUGGAUGUCAGCUGUAAAGUAUGGUUUGAGAAGUUUGUUUCUGCCAUGACCUAAUGCUCCUGAUGGGAUCCUGACCACAAGUGAAUAUUAUGUGUCAGACAAGAAACAAGCAAACAAAACAACUUGUUUGGUCACCUGAACUUAUUAAAAUUCCAAGGGACAUGUGUUAUUUAAGAAUUUCUUUAUGUCUGUUUUGAGCUAAAUAAUUCAUUCUGGCAAGCAUUUAGUUUACAACAGAGAGGGAGCAUGUUCUGGUGGGAGGGAGAAUAAAAGAGCCUUUGAUUCAUUUGCUCCUGAGUUCCAGCAGGAGGGCCAGUACUCCCUUGGGCUAGUGUCUUAUUUUGGACUUUGGAAGCCAUCUUAGCCCAGCUGUGUGAGUGCCAGCUAGUGUUGGAGGAAAGAGAAUAACACCAUUGGGUCUCAUUAAACCCCCUCUGACUGUUGAUGGAGGGGUUUCUCUCAUUUCACAUUCCUCAAAUUAACAUGGUGGCUAAUUUCCACGAAGUUAGAGCUUCAUCUUAGUUUGCCAUUUGAACUUUGGCUUGAAGUCACAACAUUUCUGUGAGUCCUUUUAUCUCAGUCUAGGGCUUUGAGUACAGGAAACUUAUCAAGUCACAGGUUUCUUUAUUCUCUCCUCUUUGGCUACAAGCACAAAUAAAAUUAGCAUUCUUUUCUUCUUCAGAUUACUCCUGGGGAAAAGUGGUUCUUUGUACAGUGGAUUUCCACAUCCAUUAAAUAAGUAGCCUCUUCAGUUGCCAAGUAGAUGGCAGGGAGUCUUACAGAAUAGGAGGUGGCAGUUCAGGCCUGUGGAAGUACUGGGAAAAGUCACUUUAGUCACUUUGACCAUUCCAGGCUUAUAUGUGUAAGCCCCUUAAAUAAUAUAAGAAUGCCUGAACUGGAAAAGGGAAUCUUUUAUAUUUUCAGCAGUUCUUUUAUUCAUAGGCGCAAAACUCUCUAACUGAAGAGAAUAAUUCUCAUUGCUGAAGGCACAUGAAGUAGAACCAAACAGCUUUUGACCCUCUUGCAGCCUGCUUUGUGAAAAGUAGUUACCGCUGAGCACCGAACGCAUGUUUGGUUGUUAUCUCUGUUACAUUAGCUCUUGAAACGUUCUGAUUACAACUUGUAGCUGCCAAGCCCUGUCCUGCAGUAUUAUCUGGAACAAAAAUUUUCCAUGUGGUUGUUUUUAGCAGAGCUGCUCUAUGCAAACUGCACAUGAAGAUGUAAGUUGCACGAAAUAGAGCUUCUAGAAGGGGAAAUGCAUGGAAGAGGAGAUGGUUUGUGUUACGCAGUGGUCGCUUAACUGGAGAUCCAGAUGUCUUGGAAUAUUACAAAAAUGAUCAUGCCAAGAAGCCUAUCCGUAUUAUUGAUUUAAACUUAUGUCAGCAAGUUGAUGCUGGGUUGACAUUUAAUAAAAAAGAGUUUGAAAACAGCUACAUUUUUGAUAUCAACACCAUUGACCGAAUAUUCUACUUGGUAGCAGACAGUGAGGAAGAGAUGAAUAAGUGGGUUCGUUGUAUUUGUGACAUCUGUGGGUUUAAUCCUACAGAAGAAGAUCCUGUGAAGCCACCUGGUGGCUCCCUACAAGCGCCGGCUGAUUUACCUUUAGCUGUAAAUACAGCACCACCGUCCACCCAGGUGGAUUCAUCCUCUGCUGUCGCACCACCUCCGUACCAGCUCAUUAACCUACCACCACACCUAGAAACCCUCGGCAUCCAGGAGGAUCCUCAAGACUACCUCUUGCUAAUCAACUGUCAAAGCAAGAAGCCUGAACCCACCAGCCAAGGGUCAUCUUUUGUUUCUGAAGAAGGAGAGGAAUACCUACUACUAGAAGAUUUUGAAAGCAAAACGAUUCCAUUGCAAACACACGCUGAUUCUGCAAAAUCCAUCUCUUCUGAAACAGACUGCAAUGAUAACGUCCCUUCUCAUAAAAAUCCUGCUUCCUCCCAGAACAAACAUGGAGUGAAUGGCUUUUUUCAGCAGCAAAUGAUGUAUGACUCUCCGCUGCCUCGUGCUGCAUCUGUUUCUGUAGACUCCAGCCUUUAUAACCUGCCCAGGAGUUACUCCCACGAUGUUUUACCAAAGGUGUCUCCAUCGAGUACCGAGGCAGAUGGAGAACUCUAUGUUUUUAAUACCCCAUCUGGGACAUCAAGUGUAGAGACUCAAAUGAGGCAUGUAUCUAUUAGUUACGACAUUCCUCCAACACCUGGUAAUACUUAUCAGAUUCCACGAACAUUUCCAGACGGAACUUUGGGACAGACGUCAAAGCUAGACACUAUUCCAGAUAUUCCUCCACCUCGGCCACCGAAACCACAUCCAGCUCAUGACCGAUCUCCUGUGGAAACGUGCAGUAUCACACGCACAGCCUCAGAUACUGACAAUAGUUACUGUAUCCCUACGGCAGGGAUGCCACCAUCACGUAGUAAUACCAUUUCCACUGUGGAUUUGAACAAAUUGCGAAAAGAUGCUAGUUCUCAAGACUGCUAUGAUAUUCCACGAACAUUUCCAAGUGACAGAUCUAGUUCACUUGAAGGCUUCCAUAACCACUUUAAAAUCAAAAAUAUAUUGACAGUGGGAAGCGUAUCAAGUGAAGAACUAGAUGAAAAUUACGUCCCAAUGAAUCCCAAUUCUCCUCCACGACAACAUUCCAGCAGUUUUACGGAACCAAUUCAGGAAGCAAAUUAUGUGCCAAUGACUCCGGGAACAUUUGAUUUUUCUUCAUUUGGAAUGCAAGUUCCUCCUCCUGCUCAUAUGGGCUUCCGGUCCAGCCCAAAGACCCCUCCCCGAAGGCCAGUUCCUGUUGCAGACUGUGAACCACCCCCCGUGGAUAGGAACCUCAAGCCUGACAGAAAAGGUCAAAGUCCUAAAAUUUUAAGACCCAAACCCCAUGGUUUAGAGCGAACUGAUUCACAAACCAUAGGUGACUUUGCUACAAGGAGAAAGGUCAAGCCAGCACCUUUAGAAAUAAAACCUUUGCCGGAAUGGGAAGAGCUACAAGCCCCAGUUAGAUCUCCCAUCACUAGGAGUUUUGCUCGAGACUCCUCUAGGUUUCCCUUGUCUCCCCGACCGGACUCAGUGCACAGCACAACUUCAAGCAGUGACUCCCACGACAGUGAAGAGAAUUAUGUUCCCAUGAACCCAAACCUGUCCAGCGAGGACUCAAAUCUUUUUGGCAGUAAUAGUCUUGACGGAAGAAGCAGUCCUAUGGUCAAGCCCAAAGGAGACAAACAAGUGGAAUACCUAGAUCUAGAUUUAGAUUCUGGGAAAUCCACACCACCACGUAAGCAAAAGAGCAGUGGCUCGGGCAGCAGUGUGGCUGAUGAGAGAGUAGAUUAUGUUGUGGUUGACCAACAGAAGACCUUGGCUCUAAAGAGCACCCGGGAAGCCUGGACAGACGGGAGACAGUCCACAGAAUCAGAAACACCAGCCAAGAUUGUGAAAUGAAAAUUCUGCUUUGCUGAUUCUGAACAAAAGAGAACUGAAUUGUAGAGAUAAAUCCUGUUUAACUGAAGAAGACUUGACACUUCUAGAUAGAUCCUCAGCUGAGUAGAAUUGAAGUCAAAGGACCUUUCAGACAUAAUCAAACAAUUUAAACUGUAAAUGGUGCUUUUGUGGUAUCUGAACAAUUCAUAACAUGUAAAUAAUAUGGGAAAAUAGUGUUGUUUAGCUCCCAGAGAAACAUUUGUUCCAUAGUUAACUCACUAGUAGUAUUACUGUAUUUAUGUACUUUUUCAUUUAAAACAUUGGUUUGGGUAUUCCCAAAUGUUCCUUAACAUAAUUCCUUUGGGAGUUCUUGUUUUUCCUCACACUACUCUAUAUAACAAUACUAAGUUAACUAAGCUACUUUUAGAUUUGGAAAUUGCUCUUUAAAGUGCACUCUAACAACAUUAAAAUGAGAAGUAGAUCCACAAUUUACCUUUCUACCCAAAACUUCAGGUGAUAACCAUUAGCUUAAACUAUAGAGUACAGUUUGACUCAUCAUUCACUGCCUUCCAGAAUGCUGUGGAUAAUCAUGUACUGGUGUCAGGAACUAAUUCUCUGGUUCAUGUACAUUUAGUUUUCAGUGGUGGAACUUUAUUAUAUUUUGUUUAUUACAGUGUUUCUGAUUCAUUGAGUGAAGAUUCUGCCAGGUGGGGUCUUGCAUCUUGGAAAGACUGAAUAAUUACACUGUCAAGUAAGACUGUAGAUCACUUACAACAUGCAGUGAUGAUGUGCUCUCACACUUGUUAACGUGUAUUAAACUUUACAUUAUUUGCAAAACGUAGGUUAUGUAACUAAUCAGGUACGUACCAGGCACCGAUGUGCUAAUACACUGAUCAGGUUCAGAUAAUGAGCUUUAGUUGUGUUCCUGUAAGUCCUAAUAUUGGUUUCCAGUUUGGACCUAAUGAAACAUUCACUGUUAGUUAUAGCAACAUACUGUGAUUUUUUUAAUUAGACAGUAAUUCAGAUUUAUUACUCUUAAAAAUGAAAUUCUAUCUUUUGACACCAUAGUGCCCUUUCUAUGAUUUUUUUAGCUUUACUUUAUAUUCUUCUUGGCCUUAUAUUUAAAUCCCUAUGCAAUUAAUAUUUUAUAUCUACAUUUUAAAAAAUAGAUGUUCUAUAAGUGAUUCUCAUAUGUAGCACUUAUUGCUUUUCCAGUAAAAGAAUUAAGGAUUUUGUACUGUGAUUUCUAUUCACUGCCCUAAUUCAAGAAAUAUUGAAGCAUUGCUAUAAUGUGAAAUCUUAUAGUCAUGGACCUCUUCCAACCAGAUAUCUGAAACGACCUAAGGAAUUAUAUAAUUCUUUCUCACCUAUAAUAUGGUCCUGUGAUAUGGAUAUCAAAACCACAAAUUUUUUAUAGUGAGGCUAUAGUUGUAUUUAUCUGUUUUGGCUUUGCAGUGUAAUUUAGAAAGCAGGUAUAGUUGUUUGCUUGUUUUUUAACUAAGUUACAUACAAUCUUUUACUGAUUUGAGACUUACUAACAGUUUUUGGAGGGGGCGGAGAUAGGCGUGCCCACAGCUGAGGCAUGAUUCCCUCCAUUCAGACCUCUAACUGUUGCCUAAGUACAUAGAUGUACCCUGAUAUCUGGUCUCUUGGCCAUAGUACUGUGCCUAAUCAAUGUAAUGGGUUUAUUUCCCCAAUUCAUGAACUAAAAAAUGUUCAUAACAAGAUGAAUUGUAGACUAGUAACAUUUGAUGCUUUUAAAUGUUUGCGUCUUUUUAAAUGAAAACUAAAACCCCGGAGUGAAUUUCCAGAUGGAUCUUUAAAUAAAAAGACUGUUUGAAUUUGGUGUGCGUAAGCUGUUUUGUAAUGAAACCACAAAAUAAAAUCCAAAAUUACUGAAAUGUGCCUAAACUAUUAAAACACACAGCACACUUGUGUAAAAUUGCUAAAUUGCGUUACGUGGAAGAUGAAUGCAUUUUCAGAUUUAGAACACAACAGUAAAUAUAUUCAGUAAGUAUAUUAUCAAUUCAAAGGUGGAAAUACUGUUUAAAGCUGCCUAUCAAGAGUCUAAGGCAAAUAGACUGACUUUUUUUAGUGUGGGUUUUCCAUUUUUUACAAGUUCUCAUUUUUUAAGACAUGCAGCACUCUAAUUUGUAGAAGUUUUCCCACUGUGCAGAAUAAUUUAAGAAUUGAAAUGUAUUAGGCAGUUAGUUUUAGAAAACGUAAUCACAUUAAAACAUUGUAUUAACAAAUUAAAAGACAGUUUCUUAUGGAGCCUCAUUUUCCAAACAUUUUUUUAGUAGUGGAAUCUUCAAUAAAAUUUUGUGUAACGCCAACACAUGAAGUCUGAAAAGUUUGUUUUAUCAAUGUAAAUAUUUUGGGUUCACAUUUAAGUUGAUUUAUCUUAAUCCAUUACUAGGAAUAAAAUUUGCGAGUAACACAAAUGUGUAAUUGGCAUUAUAGAGUUGGCCAAAAACUUCAGCAGCCAAUUUGUUUUAUUUGCAUAUUAUCAGGAAAGAUUUGAUUCACACGAACUUAAGUAAGUGUAAAUAAUAGCAGGUUUUAAGCACACAUCUCAGAAUGUUCUUUAAUUAGAGAUAGCUGAAGUUGUAUUCCAAGGUUUAAAAAAAACCAUUCUUGUAGUGGAAGUUAAUACAUACACAGUCUUCAGUGUGGUUAAGAAAAAGGGGGGGGGAAGGGGUAUGUAACACAUUAGAAUGUGCAUUUUUAUUGUUUUAAAAAUACACAUUCAUAAAAACAAAAAUUUUUAAAACCCUAAUCACCUCCAAAAAGCUGAGUUUUAGCCAGGCAAGAUAUGGAAACCACUGGUUAAUCAUGUGAGUUACGUUAUAAGUCAGGAGUCUUUUUCUCCCACGUGUUUGAUGUUGUGUAUUUUUUAUUUCUUACUUUGAAAAACAGUAAAAUUUUAUGAGGUUUUAAAUACCAAAGCACAGUUCUGCUUUUAAGAAUUGAAAUUUAAACUUGAAUAAUUUAAGCUACUUAACCCAUGGAAGGUAUCACUUAGUAAGCUAUAAAAGAUGGUUUUUAUCUACACUCUGUACAUCUUCAUCAAUACCAGAUAAGCUACUGUGAGCAUUUUAGAGAAUUCCAUAAGGUACUGCUAUGAAUGUGUGUGUGUGUGUAGCGUUGUAUUUAAUCAUAGACUAAAUUUGAUAGAAAAACACUGCUAUACUUGCACAUUAAGAUCAUAAGUCAAUUUCUUGUGGACUCUAUAAUUAAUGGGGGUCACAAUCUUCAUAUUCAUAAAUGCAUUUAAACUGGAAAUUGAAGACAGUGUUUGUAUUUAUUUUUCUGCUAGUAGGAAGUUGUCUGCUUACCCCCCUUUAAUGAAAACAGUAUUUUUGAUAUUUUUUAAAAUAGUAGCUACUUUAUGCCUGUACACUCAAUUCUCGGAUGCUUUCAAACGCUCUUAGUGCCUCUUUCUUUGGCCCACUGAAAGUAUCGGUAUUAGUAUUUUGAAUGAAUACAAAACCUCUAGAAAUUCAGAGACAACAAAGUCUCUUCUAACUCUGUCUUUGGGUCAUUCUGGUGGGUCUUGUCCUUUAUUGUCAAAUAAGCAGUUGGGUCCAUAGCAGGAAUUGUACAUAUGACCAAAUCAAGUGGCUACAGAGAGAGAGACAUAUAUAUAUAUAUAUACAUACAUAUCUUAGGGUAAGACUGUCAAUAACAUCUGAUAUGUUAUAUGUAAAUCUGUAUAUAAUUUAAAACACUGACAGCUCUGAAAUGAAAAGCCAUGGUGUAAAUGAAUAAUGUUGACAUUAUAGACUUGAUAGCAUAAGAAGCUGAUUGCCAGGUUGUGGAGAUAAUUGGUUUUUACUCUGACUAAAAAUGUUUCUGUAUUCCUACAGCUUGAAAUAAUUUAGCUUGUCUUCUUUUCCAUAAACUUAACUUUCUUUAGGUUCAUUAUAAUGUCUGUUAUGAGUUUGAACAAACUGUUUAGUCAAGGGAUUAACGUAGCUUCUACUUUCUUUCCCUAAAAAGAUGUAGCUUUGUGUAAGUUGUUGUGACCUGCAUCAAUUGUUGAUAAUCAUCCCAAAUUUCGACAGCAAAAUCUUAUGUAUGUUUAUUUUCCCUCCUUUGCACAAAUUUUUUUGUAAAGAUCCAAUUGUAGGUAUUUUCUGCUACCAAAUAAAACUUUUCAAACAA